AUGUACAAGGCUUUUGGUUUGAUUGUUCUUCUUGCUGUUGGGUAUGUAUCCGCUGAUCCACAUAAAUUUAAUGUUCAAUCACGUCAUAUUAAACGUGCUCUAUUACCAUUGAAACAACAAAGUAAUGGUAUUGAUUGGUGUCCACAAUGUGUUAAUUCAUUUGGUGAUUUAAUUGAACUUGUUUUGGAUGCUGUUCUUCAAUUUGGUGUUAUGAGUACAUGUGGUGAUGUAUGUGAUUUUGUUGCUGAAAAGUCAGGAUCAAGUUUACUAGGAUUCAUUUGUACAAUUGGUUGUGAUAUUUUGGGAAUAGAAGAAUUUAUUAAAUUAAUUGAAAAAGCUGAUCUUGAUCCAAUUUAUUAUUGUGAAACAAUAAAACUUUGUCCAAUAAAUGAUAAUGGUGAUGCUAAAUUUAAAUCAUUUGUUAUUUUACCACCACAUGCUCCUGUUUAUAGUACAUUUACUAUUGAUUUUGCUUAUGUAUCUAAUAAUGGAACUGGUACUGGUGAAUUAAUUAUUACAAUAAAAACCGUUGAUGGCGUUCCACUGUCAACUAGUUUCUUACUUGAAGAACAAAAACCAGGCACCUAUGCUGAACGUUUUCUUCUUGAUGCUUCUCCUGAUCCAGAUUGUGAUCCUGCUCAAGAACAAUGUGAAAAUUGGUUUCCUGGUAUAUACAAUGUAACAGUUUUUAUUUGCAAUGGACAAUGUGGUUCACAUCAUCCUCAUACUCAACUUUAUGAUUCAGUUGCUGGUUCAUUUCAAAUUACUGAAUAA